UGUAUCGACGUGUAAUGAUUGUAUCCGCCAUUUUGAGAGACAUUUAGGCCAUUGUCUCGGAGUAAAUAGAAAUCGCAGAGAGAUUCAAUUAAAAUAUAAUGUCGAAACUAGAGCAAGUACUACAGAUUGAUCCAGCUCAUGAGUUGCAUUUUAAAGGUCCAUUUACUGAAGUGGUUUCAUCAACCAUAAAACUUCACAAUCCGACAGACAAGAAAGUAUGUUUUAAAGUAAAAACUACAGCACCAAAGAAGUACUGUGUGCGACCUAACAGUGGAAUUGUCGACCCAGAGAUGACUGUUUCUGUAGCUGUGAUGUUACAACCUCAUGAUUUUGAUGCUAAGGAAAAGUCAAAACACAAGUUCAUGGUGCAGUCGAUGAUUGCUGUUGGAAAUACAGAAAACCUUGAGAACAUAUGGAAAGAGGCAAGUCCAGAUCAAAUAAUGGACUCGAAACUAAAGUGUGUUUUUGAUUUGGUGGAUGAGAGCGCAGAGAUUCCAUCAGUUAAAAAACCGAUUGAGAAAAAAGAGAUACCCACAAGUAACGAACCCGCCCCAGCAGAAUCACAUGAACCACAGAGUAAUAUAACGAGACAGCCAGAUAUAGAAAAACCAGCAUCAUCAAAUACGAACGAUAAAAACACAGAAUCCGGAAAUUUGAGGUUAAGAGGAGAAAAUAAAGUUUCAAAGGAUGAAGGGAUUCGUUCAAAACCUAUAACAACAACACCUCCAGCGGAAGUACUUCAGUUGUUACAACCCGCUGACUCUGAGAACCAGUUCCCGCCUGUUGUCUACCUAAUCCUUGCACUCAUACUUGGGAUUAUCAUAGGAAAAUUUCUUUUGUAAAAUAUUAGAAUGACGAAAGGACGAUAUUUGAACUUAUGUUAUAUAAGAACACCAAAUGAAAUGACUUAAUAGGAACUCUCUGAAAAGCAAAUUUCUCCAUCAAAUGAUAAAUAUUAAAAUCAGUAUGAUUUUGUCCAUGCAAUUAAGGAAGUUGGCAAUAAUGCCCCCCUUCCCACUCUUAAAACAAUAUCUAAAACUAGGAAAAUCUAUCGGUACAGCUGGAAAAAAGCAUCCAAAAGUUAGUAAAAUUGAAAUAUUUGGUUGCGAAAUAUUGGAAAAUGUGGAAGUUGACAAAUUUUGUGUAAUUAGGUAUUUGAUUUUUUGUCGUUUAAUACGAGUUUGCACAAAAUUUUUCAACCUGAGACGGGGGUGAAAUUUUUGAAAAUUUUUUGAAAAUUUUCAAAAUUUCGCGACCAAACUUUCCAAUCUUUGGGAUCAUCUUCCUAGCUGUACUCAUCCAAGGGGGAUUUUUUUGGAUAUGUCAAACUAAAGACCUCCGCUAUAGUUAGAUUCAGUCCGGCGGUGUUGUCACGCCAAUCCCAUGAUACAUAUUCCAUGGUUGAAAAGCACUUACAAUGCUUUUGGUUAGGACAAGUUUAGGGCUUUACCAACCAGGAGUUAUGAAAAAAUCCCCGAAAGAACUUGAGUGGGGAAAUUUUUAUUGCUAAUUUCCUUGGAUGGCAAAUAUUGCAUGGCGUUUGAGCUUAUUCCCUUUAUUAGCUUCUAAUUGUAUUCAUGUAAAAAAGCGCAUGAAAUAUUAUGUUGAAAUAUGUAUAAGUACGUAUGUUAAGGCCGUGUUACACGAUGUGAUUUUUCUGGGAACUUUCAAUGGAAUUAUACUUUUAGGAGAUGUAAAUUCGUGAAGAGUCUUCAAAUUUUAGUGUAAAAAACCUCCAUGGAUGGAGUGUAAUAAACAUAAAAGUUUCGUAGUUGCCAAAUUUACAUCUCUCAAAAGUAAAAUAGCAUUGCAAGUUGCAAGAAAAAAUGCACCGCGUAACAAGUUCUUUACUGUAUACACACAGUUAGUGGCAAAUUACAUUGGAGAUAUAACUCACCAUUUCACAUAUUGUGGGACGUGUUUUAAUGCCUCGUCUUCUCUCUGUACGAUAUAAGUCUCUAGACGGGUAAUUUGUCUCUCAGGGUUCGUGAAAAAAGGCAUGGAAUCGGC